CAUGCUGCUGCUGUGAAAGCGCAAUUAGAAGAACCCUACCUCCUUGUCGUAAUGCAUAUAUAUGCAAACAUCACCGCUGCAGCCGACCUCUCUCCACCUGCAGCCGACGCAGUGUCCCACUACCACCACCUUGAUUAAGAUCUUCUCCCGCUGUAACUCCGCCAUCACUCUCCCAAAAUACAGAUUUCCAGAAUCCGGAAAGCUAGCUGCUUGAACCCUUUAUUCCCUUAUAAUAGGGCACCUGUGAUAACUUACCCCUGAGAUUGAAGUCAAAGAACACUCCUUCUAGAGAUCCAAUGAAGCACAUUGUAAAGAUUACGGCAUUGCUGGUAGCCCUAUCAGCUUUCUGGAUUAGCCUAUUACAGACAUCAGUACUCCCAGAGACCCAAACUUGGUUGCUGCCUCUCUACUUCAUUGUAUCACUUGGAUGCUACGGACUGUUAAUGGUGGGAGUUGGGCUGAUGCUAUUUCCAACUUGCCCACACGAGGCAAUUCUAUUACAAGAAGAUAUUGCUGAAGCCAAGGGAUUCCUAAAGGGAAAAGGGGUGGAUGUUGGUUCAGAUUGAUCCAUAGAUUUCAGCUCAUCUGAAUUUAGCAGUUAAAGAUUUGCCAGUAUGGUUUUGCAUAUUGAAACUCCUAUGGCGAUGAGUCCACAAGUCUGGGACACCAGCCGCCACACUGCACUAUUGGAAUUCCUUCAGUUCCGUGGAUAGAAAUGUUCUUUAACUUUGUAUUGAUGUCGAAUCUUAGCAUUGCAGAGACGAAUAGUUUGAAAACGACUGAUCAAAUUCAAGCUCAACUAGACUACACAGUGAUAUAUAUACACACAAACACACACAACCACACGUGCGAAAUAUCAAAAUGCAGAUUAUUUAACAUUGUAUAUAGAGUAGAUAAUUUCACUGCUUAAUAGCAUGUCUUACAUAUUAAAUGGGAUGAUCAUGAAUUUACACACUCGUUACAACUAAA